UACAUCUAAUCAUUCAUUCAUUCAUUCAUUUAUUCCCUCUUGAAGUCUAGUGAACAUUUUCAUUAGAUUUCAACCUUUCAUGUUAACGAAUUUGUGUUUCGUGUUCUAAAUCUUCGUAUCUUAAGCUUAUCAGAUACUAGUGAACAAUCAAAAGCCGAAAAAUGGAUGAUAAGUCAAUCGCUCUCAGUGCAGUCAUCCGAGAAGCCAUCGAUUUGGAGAAUGCACCCGUAGAAGAAGUGUUUCAACACCUGAAAUGUACAAGAGAAGGGUUAAAUUCGAGUGAAGUUCAAGAGCGUUUGGAUUUGUUUGGCUACAAUAAACUCGAAGAAAAGAAGGAAAGUAAAAUCUUGAAAUUUCUUGGAUUCAUGUGGAAUCCACUCUCAUGGGUGAUGGAAGCAGCUGCUAUCAUGUCAAUCGCACUUGCACGUGGAGGGGGAAAGUCUGCUGAUUACCACGACUUUGUCGGGAUCAUCGUCUUGCUUGUUAUAAACUCAACCAUAAGUUUCAUAGAGGAAAAUAACGCGGGAAAUGCAGCUGCUGCAUUGAUGGCCCGUUUAGCGCCAAAAGCAAAGGUUCUUCGUGAUGGAAAAUGGAGUGAAGAAGACGCUUCGUUAUUGGUUCCAGGUGAUAUUAUUAGUAUCAAGUUAGGUGACAUUGUUCCUGCUGACGCUCGUCUUUUAGAAGGCGAUCCGUUAAAGAUUGAUCAGUCUGCACUUACUGGAGAAUCACUGCCCGUGACGAAGAAUCCGGGAGAUGGUGUUUACUCGGGUUCCACGUGUAAGCAAGGAGAGAUCGAGGCCGUUGUGAUAGCGACCGGAGUUCAUACGUUUUUUGGGAAAGCGGCUCAUCUUGUCGAGAACACGACUCAUGUUGGACAUUUUCAGAGGGUUCUAACUUCAAUAGGAAACUUUUGCAUAUGUUCAAUAGCUAUUGGUAUGAUAAUUGAAGUUAUUGUUGUAUAUGGUAUCCAUCAACGGGAAUACCGUGUUGGAAUCGAUAACCUUCUAGUUCUGCUGAUCGGCGGGAUCCCUAUCGCGAUGCCAACGGUCCUUUCGGUCACCAUGGCCAUCGGGUCACACCGUUUGUCUCAACAGGGCGCGAUAACGAAAAGAAUGACCGCGAUUGAAGAAAUGGCCGGGAUGGAUGUGUUGUGUAGUGACAAGACCGGUACAUUGACACUUAACAAGCUUACGGUUGACAAGAACAUGAUCGAGGUCUUUGCGAAAGACGUUGACAAGGAUAUGGUCGUGUUGAUGGCUGCCCGAGCAUCGCGGUUAGAGAAUCAGGAUGCGAUCGAUGGUGCUAUCGUUGCUAUGCUUGGAGACCCCAAGGAGGCCCGAGCUGGGAUUCGAGAGGUCCAUUUCCUACCGUUUAAUCCAACGGACAAAAGGACCGCGCUUACGUACACAGAUAAAACCGGUAAAAUGCAUAGAGUUAGCAAAGGCGCACCCGAGCAGAUACUGAACCUUGCACAUAACAAAUCCGAGAUCGCGAACAAGGUACAUUCGAUAAUCGACAAGUUUGCAGAGCGUGGGCUUCGGUCGCUUGGAGUCGCUCGCCAGGAAGUGCCAGCUGGAACGAAAGAGAGCCCGGGUGGCCCAUGGGAGUUCGUCGGGCUUCUUCCGCUGUUUGACCCUCCACGUCAUGAUAGCGCUGAAACGAUCCGAAGAGCGUUAGAUCUUGGCGUGAGCGUUAAAAUGAUAACGGGUGACCAACUGGCAAUUGGCAAGGAAACAGGAAGACGGCUCGGAAUGGGGACCAACAUGUACCCUUCUUCAGCAUUGCUCGGUGACACUAAAGACGGUUUCGGAGCUCUGCCUGUCGAUGAACUCAUCGAGAAAGCCGAUGGUUUUGCUGGUGUCUUUCCGGAACAUAAAUACGAGAUAGUUAGAAGAUUACAAGCCCGAAAACAUAUAUGUGGGAUGACGGGUGAUGGUGUAAACGAUGCACCCGCUCUAAAGAAAGCAGAUAUCGGGAUCGCAGUGGCGGAUUCCACUGAUGCUGCUCGUAGUGCUUCGGAUAUUGUUUUAACCGAACCCGGGUUAAGUGUCAUUAUUAGCGCGGUUUUAACUAGCCGAUCCAUUUUUCAAAGAAUGAAGAAUUAUACGAUAUAUGCGGUUUCAAUCACUAUUCGUAUCGUGCUUGGUUUUAUGUUGCUGUGUGUUUUCUGGAAGUUCGAUUUCCCUCCGUUUAUGGUUCUCGUUAUAGCCGUCCUUAACGAUGGUACGAUCAUGACAAUAUCGAAAGAUAGAGUAAAGCCGUCUCCGAUUCCCGACAGCUGGAAGCUCACGGAAAUCUUCGCGACCGGGGUGGUUCUCGGUGCUUACCUGGCACUAAUGACAGUUAUUUUCUUCUGGUUGGCAUAUGAAACUAACUUUUUCCCGAACUUAUUCAGUGUCAAGGAUUUGAACUCACAUCAUCGCGACAUGUCAAUCAAAUCCGAGAAAGAAGAGCUAACAGCGAUGAUGGCGUCAGCUGUUUAUCUUCAAGUGAGCACCAUCAGCCAAGCGUUGAUCUUCGUGACACGUUCGCGCGGCUGGUCUUUUACUGAGAGGCCCGGGUUUUUGCUAGUAACUGCAUUUUUUAUUGCUCAACUGGUUGCGUCGAUUAUAUCGGCCCAUGUGACGUGGGAACUAGCCGGAAUCCAAAAGAUCGGAUGGGGAUGGACCGGGGUGAUAUGGUUGUAUAACAUCUUGACUUACAUGUUACUUGAUCCGCUCAAGUUUGCGGUUCAGUAUGGGCUAAGUGGGAGAGCUUGGGGUCUAGUUGUGGAGAAAAGAACUGCAUUUACGACGAAGAAAGACUUUGGGAGGGAAGCGCGUGAGGCAGCAUGGGCAACGGAGCAACGCACAUUGCAUGGACUCCAGCCAGCAGAGCCAAGAACGUUUCCGGAUCAAGGGACAUUUAGGGAGAUUAGUGUGAUGGCCGAUGAAGCUAGACGAAGAGCGGAGAUCGCAAGGCUAAGAGAGCUUCAUACACUUAAGGGCAAAGUUGAGUCUUUUGCAAAGCUAAGAGGGUUAGACAUUGAUGCAGCUAACCAACACUACACAGUUUAAUUGGAUUCCAAUUUUCAUUUCUUUUUUCAUUUAAAAAAAUUCAAAUCAACACAUGUUCUUAAUUUAUGUUAUUUGAUAUGUUGUUUCUAUAACUUAUUAAAGUCUAUUUAUUAUCUUGAUGUUUCACCUUACAUACUGAAAA